AUGGGCCGUAAGAACAACAAGAGGGCGGCACGCGAGGCCCGGGCGACUCGCGAUUUCUUUGCUGUCACGCCGUCUGCUGUUGACUCUCCUCCUGUCUCUGCCUCCUCUGCCGCUCCUCCCCCUCCUCCGCCCGAUGUCGCUGGCCCGCCGCCGCCUCCCCCUACCAUCCCUGGCACGAGAAGUUUUCACCCUCUGAAUCGCGCCAUCGAGAAAGGUGAUGCAGAAGGCAUGAGACAAGCAUACGAUUAUGUGUUUACAAGGGGCAAAGAGCUCUACCUAAAAUACCUUGCCGACAAGGAGCUCCGUCGCGAGGAGAUUAUCGCAAUGUUUGUCCUCGCUUAUUCAUACUAUGAUAUGGGUAGCAAGCAAAUUGUAUGGGCCAUCGACACCGACAUCAUCAGCCUUGUCGCCGACAACAUCGCAGAGGGCAAGUUGCUUGGCCUGUUCAUCAAUGGGACGGAAAAGACAGGUCUUCAACCCAGCCAAAUCGUCAUUCAUGCGCCUGCGCCAUUGACAGAAUACGACGCCGCCAGUCUGAUUGUGGACCUGAUCUUGGAUCUGAAUAUGCGUUGGGCGCUGAAUUUGAAAUCGCAGGAUUUCACGUGCAAAAACCCGUAUGAUUAUCUGCCCAUGAUUGCACUUGGACUUAUUCACAUGGUUGCUUUUGGCCGUCACCUCGACGUUUCAAUCACACCCGACAAAUUCCUCCUUGUGGGCAUUACCUUCUUUCGCUUUCCCAAGAUGGAGGCUCGAAACAAUCUUCUUGUGCCCGAGACACCUGCGCUCACUGAGGAAGAGGUUGACCAGAUCUACCACGCCAUCGGCAAGAUGGCGGGCAAACCUUACCAGCCCAAUCUCGACGGAAAUCCGAUCAACCCCGAGAAAAUCUUCACCUACACUGAGGCUGGCCAAGUCCCUCGACUUGAUCACAAGCUCGGGUUUAGGGAGCUUGAUGAGGAAUCCACCGAUGAUCAUCCUGUUCACCAUCCUUCUAUUUGUGACGAUCCUCGACGUUGGUCUGCGUCGAAUCAAGGUCCUCAGGUUGCUUGUCGAUCCGGCGCAUCGGCUGCGAAGGCUUCUUACCGUGGUACUACUUCUGGCAACAACCCCCCCGGUUCUCUUGCUGGCCCUUCCACUGGUACUGGUGCUGGUACUGGUACUAUGGCUGGCUCUGCAUCUGCAUCUGCUACCGCUCGUCCUAGGGGUUCUCUCCUCUUUCAAGAUCAUGCAACUGCGUCUUCUUCGUCUGCGCCUAAGGCUACCACUGGAGGUGGUCGGCCCAAGAAGCCAACUCAGGGUCAAAUUCCCCUCAUUGAUGCGAAGAAGGACAAUGCGAAACCCUCUGGUCCCGGUGACGCCACUCGUCGCUUGCACAAGCAUCUUGCCGAACUCCUCAAGAUCGACUACCCCAGCAUCCACGAACGUCGCAAAGCCCUAGAACGCGCACGUGACGAUAUCCUCAAGUCUGAUACUUUGGCCGCAGCUCGAGCUGAACAAGGUAUUGUUCCAGGUCCAGGUGGAUCAUCAUCGGCAUCUACAUCAGCGCAGGCACAGCCCAAGAAGAAGAAAGAGCUCAGACGCAGACCCUCCCUCCAUCAUGUCGACCGCACUACUUUGCAGACGACUCAUUUCCAGAUUGGCAUGGACCGUGGUUGGUUGGGCGAGCUGGAGCGCAUGCAAGCAAUGGCGUUCGUCAAGAACGGAGAAUACAAGGAAAUGGCAGAUGCAACCAGAAAGGCCUUCGGGGACAAAUAUGGCUAUGAGCUGAAGGAAGCUGCUGAUGCUGAGAAAGAGAACCCCAAUGACCCUAAAGACAAAGGCAAGGGCAAAGCCAAAGAGUACUGCCGUGAUGAAGAGGCCGAAGGACAAACCUGUGUUGCCAAGGACAAAGACAAGUCCAGCCAAGCCAGCGAUUACCUCCGAAGAAAGGAAGAAUACUUCGGGGCCAAAGCCAAGGGUAAGAAAGGCAAGGGCAAGAACAAGGGAAGGGGAAAAGCGAAAGAUGAAUCCCUCCCUGAACCAGAAGUCGACAACGAAAAGGAAGAAGAGCCUCCCGUCGCCGGACCUAGCAAGAAGAAGGCCGAACCUGCACCUGGCAAACAGUACGACGGCGGCAACGAUUCUGAGACCUCCGACAUGUACGGACCAUGA